AUGAACGGUGCCAGGAAGGCCAGAGGAGAUGUUCUUGUGUUCCUGGAUGCACACAUGGAAGUGGGCGUGGCAUGGCUGGAGCCCCUUCUGGAACGAAUAGUCAGUCAGCCACAGGGUGUAGUUCAACCCGACAUACUUGACAUAGAAUACAGACAUCCGAAAACAUCCAACCAUUCCGUUGUCAAUGGGGAAUCUUACAAGAAGGAACAAGAUAACACCAGGCCUGGCAUGUCUUGGGAAAUGAGCCAGAAUUGGUUUCCGUUCCCACCCUACCUCCACCAAGCUGGCUAUCGCCAAACAGAUGCCUUUCCAUCACCAGCAUUACAAGGAUCGGCCAUUGUGGUUCGAAGGUCUUACUUCAUGAGUAUCAGAGGCUUUGAUGAAGGACUGAACAUCUGGGGAGGCGAGCAGCUGGAAUUGGCGUUGAAAGUUUGGAUGACAGGAGGACGAGUUGAGACAGUCCCAUGUUCUAUUGUUGGCCACGUGUUUAAAGAUAACCCGAAUGUUAAAACAGACAAAGAGGAUAUUGCAGUUACGAAGAAUGUUUUACGUAUUGCUGAAAUAUGGAUGGAUGAGUACGCAGACUUUGUGAUUGCAAAUUCUAGAGCUAAUUCUCAUAAUGGACACUUGCCUACUUUGACGUCACAAGAAGUUGAAUCGAUUCACGAGGGAAGGCAUUUCAGGGAACGAAUGGGGAGCAAGACCUUUAAAUGGUAUCUCGAGCAUGUAUUUCCUGAACUGAAAGUUCCAUCAAGGGAUGAUCUAUUGUGGGGAGAAGUCAUGAAGGAUGACAAGUGUCUUCUCGUCGUGGAUGAUACCUUUGUUGCUUUUGACGAUGUAUGCGAGUCAUACGGCAUUACUUUCAAAACAAUCUUUUCUCUAGACAAACGGGGUAGUCUCCGGAAUAAUGGUCAGUGUUUUGGCUUAGAUGCACAAACUAUGAACCUUGUGAUGAUCCCGUGUUGCAAAGAGGAUAUGGCUGAAUCUGUUGGUGAAUGGGAAUAUACAGAACACGAUCAGCUGAUGUACCGAAGUCCUAGCGGAACAUACUGUUUAAGUUUGGUUACGUCAAAGGACGCCAUUCAUAUGGAAUCCUGCGAGUCUACAAAUGAGCAACAGUCAUGGUCCUUUCAGAUACGGUUUGAAUGGGAAUCAUGA